AUGGCUGCAGAACUAACCGAGAUAAAAAUUGAAGGAGGAUCACAACAAGAACGUUAUCAGACUACGGCAAAAGAGUUCAAGCAAUUUGAUAUCAUCUCAACCAAUGAACUCAACUCCAUUCGAGAUCAUCACUAUGUUUCUCCAUCUAUAUCUCUGUCACCAUCAAGCACUAAGCAUAUUCUGAAAGAGUGGAGAAUUCUGGAAAGAAAUCUACCCGACUCCAUCUUUAUUAGGGUCUACGAAAAAAGAGUCGAUCUCUUACGAGCAGUGAUCAUAGGACCAGAAGGUACGCCGUACCAUGACGGUUUGUUCUUUUUUGAUAUUCAAGUUCCUUCCAAUUACCCUGCAUCACCACCAAAAGUUUACUAUCGUUCUUUGGGGCAUAGCCUAAAUCCCAACUUAUAUGCAAAUGGUUAUGUUUGUUUAAGUCUACUAAAUACUUGGAAUGGUGAUAAGCACCAAAAAUGGAAUCCAUCUCAAUCAACUAUUUUACAAGUUUUAGUAUCCAUUCAAUGUCUAGUUCUCAAUGCCAAACCCUUUUUCAAUGAACCUGGUUUUGGAAGUUUCUCCAAUUCUAGUCUAUUUAAAAAAAGUUCUUUGCGUUACAAUGAAGAUGUAUUUAUCAUGAGUUGUAAGUCGAUGGUGUCUAUACUGAAUAGCCCACCGAGGUCCUUCGAGGAGUUUGUAAGUCAACAUUUUCUCAACCACGCUGGUGGUAUUUUGGUUGCUUGCAAUGCUUAUAUUAAUGGCCAAGCUGAAAUUGGUGAUCCUAUCAUUAUCACUGCUGCGACAAAGACUAAGUCCUUAACUUCAUCUACGUUUAAGGAAGCGGCCAGCAUUCUAUAUCCAAGGCUUGUGGAGUCGUUUAUAAAGAAUGGUUCGUCUUUGGAAAAUAUUGAAUUACUAGAAACUAGUAAGAAUAUGCCCAAGGACUGGAGUCGAAUUGAAUAA